AUCCCUGCCCCAGGCUAGGAGACUGGCUUGUAGGGUAGAGUGGCCCGAGCUGAGGGCGCGAAGAGCACAGGGCGGCGGCGGCGACGGCGUUGAUAUCGGUGGUAACGACGGCCUCAGCAGACGGGGAAGAUGAAAGGCCGGAUCGAGCUAGGAGAUGUGACACCACACAAUAUUAAACAGUUGAAGAGAUUAAACCAAGUCAUCUUUCCAGUCAGCUACAAUGACAAAUUCUACAAGGAUGUACUGGAGGUUGGCGAGCUGGCGAAACUUGCCUAUUUCAAUGAUAUUGCAGUAGGUGCGGUAUGCUGUAGGGUGGAUCAUUCACAGAAUCAGAAGAGACUUUACAUCAUGACACUAGGAUGUCUGGCACCUUACCGAAGGCUAGGAAUAGGAACUAAAAUGUUAAAUCAUGUCUUAAACAUCUGUGAAAAAGAUGGCACUUUUGACAACAUCUAUCUGCAUGUCCAGAUCAGCAAUGAGUCAGCAAUUGACUUCUACAGGAAGUUUGGCUUUGAGAUUAUUGAGACAAAGAAGAACUAUUAUAAGAGGAUAGAGCCUGCAGAUGCUCAUGUGUUGCAGAAAAACCUCAAAGUCCCUUCUGGCCAGAAUGCAGAUGUGCAUAAAACUCAAAGUCCCUUCUGGCCAGAAUGCAGAUGUGCAUAA